AUGAGUGACGACGACAAGAAUCAAUCGCUUCUCCAGCUGAGCCGGCGCCAUGGCGCGUCUAUCGUAACGCAGCUCGUCCAUAUAGGUAGUCGAUGCAACCAGCAAAAGCACCUCAAAGCUCGCUCUUUUAUCCGCAGCCUCCAAUGCCUCAAACCAAUCAACUCAGAGCUGUGUCGCCGAUCGAUCGACGCCUUCAGCGAGCGGCGAUAUGUCGCGCUUUCCUACACGUGGGCUCCAUCAAAGUACGAGAAUCCGAGUCGCCCGGAAGUAGGGUGGUACCCCGUCGAGACAUGGGACAAGAAGGGUAUCGAACGCUCAUCGGUUCGGAAAUGCGUUCUCAACCGCGCCCUUCGCUACAUGCGCCACUUCGAUGUUGAGUUUCUUUGGAUCGAUGCCCAUUGCAUCCGUCAAGACACUUGCAGCGUCGAUGAUUGUGUCCGGCACUACAGCUGCGUUGAGAAACGUGACUCUUUAAAAGCCAUGGACUUAGUCUACCACCUUAGCGAGCACCCGGUGGCGCUCCUGGGCCGGCCGCUGAGGUCAGGAUUUGAGUUGCACCUCCUUGCACGGGUUCUCGAGGGAGAUUUUCUUGCCGGCGACUCCGAACCUCGGCUAUCAACUAAUGAUAUUGUCUUGGCAAGGAAGGCACUGUCACUUCUUGGCGAGAUUACUCAGGACAGCUGGUGGUGGCGGGCAUGGACUUUUCAAGAGAACUACCGCGGUGCGAAGCGGAUGCGGCUGUUGAUCUGCCAUGAUAGGUCCCUGGAGUUGGAAAAGCGAAGGCACCCUGUAUUCGGCGAAAUACCCGGGGAGCUAUGCAUCUCGUCCGUCAACUUCUCAAAGCAAGCAACGCGACUUUGUUUGGCGCUCCGUGCGGUAACAUGGCUAGCGCCGUUGGACAUCGAGCAUAUUGAUCGCGUAAUUCGGGCUGCUGGUAGAUACUCACUGACGGUACGGAGUUCCGACUCCAUGACGCCGACAAUAUUUGCCGAUGUCGAGGCGCGCGGACUGUCGAAACCAUGGGAUCGACUAGAAAUCGUGGCCAACUGUUGCCGGUACCCAAUAAGGCUGGACGGCGGAGUCCUAAGCCGGCAAAAUUGCAGUCCUAGUCUAUCAGUUCUGGCGAUGUCUCUUCUAAACGGCGAGAUUCUCAAAAAUGACAAUCAUGUGGUACCAUCAGCAGCGGGGCUUACAGCAUCGGAGUUUCUCAACAGUAUGAUGUUCCGGGAAUUCAAGGCGCCUGGAGAGGAUACUCGACCGCUUACAUUUAACAACUGGUGCCGGCUCAUCAACGUGAGGUUGACAACCGAUGGCAUUGCUACGAGCGGCCAUAUAUGGAGACUGGGUCGCAUUAUCGAUACUGCAGAGUUCCCAAGGGUGCUGCCGUGGAUCGAUGAACCAGAAGGUCGUUUGACAUUGCUCCAGCGGAAGUCCCUGCUGCGGCUUGUCUGUCAUCUUCACAGAUUACGACACCAUCGGCUAGCCAACCGGAUUAACAAUUACCUAGCUGUCGAUUCCCGCGCAGGGGAAUCGUUUACUGGCUUUACCGACUUGUUUCUUUAUCGCAUGGCCACGGAGCUGGCCAAGGCAAUUCUAGCGCGCCGGAAACUGAGGCUAGGAAGCAUCUGGGAUCAAGGGAGGUCGGCGCCGUACCGUGGCAUUUUUGUAUGGUUAGAAAAAGAAACAAAUGAGCCAUGUCCGCUGCCCCUGGCUUUCGUCUUUACAUCGGUGAGCGCGUCGUUGAUUGUAAUUUCUCUCUUCUCUUCAGUUUAG